AUGAACCUCUCCGAUGACCGAUAUGCAACCCUUGUUUGGUUCAUGAAAUGCGUCCUAGGUCUGGGAGCUGUCAACGAAGUCAACACUUUGUUGAACUCUUGGGCAGCGAAUAGAUGGGUGUGGAAGAGCGACAAGAGUAACUGGAACUGGAAGAGCGAAGUAGCCGUCGUAACCGGUGGAUCAAAGGGCAUUGGAGCUUGCGUGGUAAAAAAGCUGGUGUCACAUGGGGUCAAAGUCGCGGUUCUAGAUGUCGAGCCACUGUCGAAUGACUUCAGUCAAGACGAGCUCCCCUCAAUCCACCACUACCAAUGCGACAUCACCUCCCAACCCGCCAUCCACCACGCCGCAGAAGCCAUCCGCUCCGCCCUCGGCCCCCCCUCAAUCCUAAUAAACAACGCGGGCAUCGGCAACGCCUACACGAUCCUCGACAUCCCGCCCUCCAACCUGCGCAAGCUCUUCGACAUCAACCUCCUCAGCCAAUGGACCACAGUGCAAGAAUUCCUACCAGACAUGCUCGCCAAAAAGAAAGGCCACAUCAUGAGCGUCGCCAGCUUGGCGUCGUUUGUCGCCCUCGCCGGCGCGGUGGAUUAUAGCUGCACUAAAGCGGCGCUGCUGGCGUUUCACGAGGGCCUCACGCAGGAGCUUAAACAUCGGUAUAAGUGCCCGCAGAUCAAGACGACGAUCGUGCAUCCGAAUUGGACGCGCUCGGCUAUUACGGCGCAUCCUGCCAUGGAAGCUGGGCUGAAGAGCGUUGGGGUUGGGUUGUUGGAGCCGCAGGAUGUUGCGGAUGCUAUGGUGAAGCAGAUUCUCGCGGCGAAGAGCGGGCAGAUUGUGUUGGGGCCGGGGCUGGCGCCGAAGAUUCGCGCACUGCCGCUUUGGAUACAGGAGCUUAUUCGGGAUAGUCAGGCGGGUAUCGUGAGUGGGGGUGGGACUACGGCGUCGGUGACUACGGCGUCGGGGUAG